CUACCUUUGGUGUUAAUGUUUGAACUGCCUAUAGCUGGAAUUCUGCAGCCAAUUCCAGACCCAAACUCUCCCACAAUUCAGCACAUAUCCCAGACUUACAAUAUUACAGUAUCCUUCAAACAGCGCUCAAGAGUUUACGGUGCUACUGUUAUUGUGAGAGGUUCCCAGAAUAAUACAAGUGCUGUGAAGGAGGGCACAGCGCUACUUCUAGAGCAUCUUGCUGGUAGCUUGGCGACUGCUAUUCCAGUCAGCACACAGCUAGAUAUUGCUGCUCAGCAUCAUCUCUUCAUGAUGGGACGUAACGGCUGCAACAUCAAACACAUUAUGCAAAGAACCGGUGCUCAGAUUCAUUUUCCAGAUCCUAAUAAUCCCUCAAAGAAAUCCACGGUCUACCUCCAAGGCACCAUAGAGUCCGUCUGUCUUGCCAGACAGUAUCUCAUGGGUUGUCUUCCACUUGUUUUGAUGUUUGACAUGAAAGAAGAGAUUGAUGUAGAGCCACAGUACAUCACUCAACUCAUGGAACAACUGGACGUCUUCAUCAGCAUUAAACCAAAGCCAAAACAGCCAAGUAAAUCUGUUAUUGUAAAAAGUGUGGAACGAAAUGCGUUAAAUAUGUACGAAGCCAGAAAAUGCCUUCUUGGACUUGACAGUAGUGGUGUUACCAUUGCAAGUCAAUCUAUGCUAUCCUGCCCAAUUGCAAUGCCGUGCCAUGGACUGGAUAUUUUAGCAUCUGCUGGAUUGGGACUCACUGGUCUGGGUCUCUUGGGUCCAAAUGCACUAUCAGUUAAUUCGUCUGCAGCUCAAAAUUCCUUGCUGAAUGCCCUCAAUAAUGCUGUUAGCCCUCUACACAGCCCGAGUUCUGCUACACCCAACCAGACUUUGUGGGCAACUUCACUAGCAAACGCCACAAAUGCUACAGGAUUUUCAGCUAUACCACACCUGAUGAUGCCAGCUGCUGCCCAAGCAACGCUAACCAGUUUUCUGCUAUCUGGAGUGCCUAACUUUGGGCAAAACACUCCAUCUCCUCCUCCUGGAUUGACUCCAGUGGAUGUUCAUAUGAAUGGAAUACACUCUGAAUCCAAGAAAGUCUCAUCCAAUUUAAACGGACAUGUAAAGACUUCAAACAUGAAAUAUGGUCCAAUAUCUGCAUCAUCUCUAGGGGACAAAGUGUUAAACUCAAACCUUCCUGAUUCGUCACGACAGUCAAACAGCCAUAAAUCCUCAGAACCCGUGAAUGCCAAGACUGAUUCUGAAGGCUGUAAUGACGCUUUUGUUGAAGUCGGCAUGCCGAGAAGCCCCUCCCAUUCUGCAAACACCAACGAAUUAAAGCAAAUGCUAAAUUCUACCAAAGCACCGUGCGCCAAGAGGCAAACUGUUGAGUUGCUACAAGGCACCAAGAAUUCUCACUUACAUAAUACAGAAAGAUUACUCUCUGAUUCGGAGAUGAGCACUUCUGAAAGUCCAGUGACCGAUAAAAAAGCUCCUGGAAGUGAAAGGGCAGCAGAAAGGGCCGCAGCAGCACAUCACAAUUCUGAGCGAGUACGACUUAAUUCUCAGUCAUCUUAUGCAAAUAUGCAGGCAUAUGACUAUGAACAAAAAAAGCUUUUGGCAACAAAGGCUAUGUUAAAAAAGCCAGUUGUCACAGAAGUAAGGACCCCCACAAAUACUUGGAGCGGGUUGGGUUUCUCAAAGUCAAUGCCAGCGGAAACGAUAAAAGAAUUAAGGCGAGCUAAUCAUGUGUCAUACAAGCCUACAAUGUCAACCACAUAUGAGACACCAUCCAUGUCUCUAUCAAGGUCAAACAGCCGAGAGCAACUGGGAAGCGGCAGUGAUUCUGAUAACUGGAGAGACCGGAAUGGAAUGGAUUCACCCCACAAUGAUUACUCCUCAUCAAUUGGGAGUCCCAAACGAAAACAAAAUAAAUCCACUGAACAUUAUCUUAGCAGCAGUAAUUAUAUGGACUGCAUUUCUUCGCUAACUGGAAGCAACGGUUGUAAUCUAAAUAGUUCUUUCAAGGGAACAGAUCUUCCAGAACUAUUCAGCAAACUUGGAUUAGGAAAAUAUACAGACAUCUUUCAACAGCAAGAGAUUGAUCUCCAGACGUUCCUCACCCUGACAGACCAAGAUUUAAAGGAACUUGGCAUUUCAACAUUUGGUGCUCGAAGAAAAAUGUUGCUGGCGAUUUCAGAGCUGAAUAAAAACAGAAGGAAGCUUUUUGAACCAACCAAUAUACGUUCUUCAUUUCUGGAAGGAGGGGCAAGUGGUAGACUCCCACGUCAGUAUCACACAGACAUUGCCAGUGUCAGCGGUCGCUGGUAGCACCCAGCAAAAAAAACUUAACCAUAACCGCAGACCUGUGGACAGGCAUUACUUUGCAUAUUCUUACCAUCAGCACUUUAAAACUCAAGGUACCAAGGACCAAAGUCCACACAAGUACUUGUGCUUAAAAAACGCUUGUGUUGUCAUUCGGAACACCAAAUGUGGAAUAUGUUGUGUACGCCCAUGUAGACUGGACCGCAUUGCAAUAGCAAAAAAAUAAUGAUUUUAUGUUUUAGUAUUUUAUGUAUAACUACAAUGUAUGCACUGAAAUUUUACCUUUAUAGAAUGAAGAAUGAGUCUCUCAACUAGAGGGCUUGAAUUAAUUGUUUUAUUGUGGAGGAAUUUUCUAGUAUUCAAAAUAAUCAAGAUACUUCUGCACUUUACAUGCUCUGAUUUUGUCUCCUGUGGAAAUGUAACGUUCUCUUAUUUCCAUGAAAACACAAUUUAUUGACACUAAUCAAACAUAGCCUUGUGCUUUUCCAUCAGUUAAAAUAUCAUCAAUGUAUUGUAAAAUAUUACUAUGCACACAUUACGCUGGGACCUGGGAACCUUUUUUAUUUUAUUUUUUAAACUAGUAGAUGAGCUUAUUUUCCCGUCUAUUUAAUAUUCUAUGAACGCUUACAAUGAUACACAUUCACUGUAACAGAUUAAAAGGAAAAAAAAAACAGUAUGGACUUUGUAGUAGAAGCUGUUGCACUCAUGAUAUCUAGAAGCAGGACAGGGAAACAGGUUUUUCGUAUGAUUUAUUUGCAUAUAAUUUAUUUAUACAUAUUUUCAUUACAUUUCUUAUUCCCCACUUAUGAUAUGUAAGUGUAUCUUUAACCCUUUGUGUGCCAGAGGGCUCAAAUGCAUUGUGUAGCCAUGGUACAGCCGUUGCUGGCCAGAAAGGGUUAAUGGAGUAAGAGCUGGUGACAAUAAUUUCAGCAAACGUCCUUGCGCGGAUAUGUAUAGCAAAUUAUUUCUGUUGUCUACAUACCUGAUCAUGUUGGAAGAAGAUGUUUACUUUACCCAUAACCAAAAUUAAACUUAUAUUUUAUAUAGUUUAUUCAGUAUAAAAUAUAUCAACUGUAUGUAUUUCAGUAAUUAACUUUGCCAUUAUAGACUGUGAAAAUGCAAGGCAUCAAUUGUCUGAAUUAUGUUAAGUUUGUAAUUUUUUUGUAUUUGUUUUUGAUCUUCAAGGACACACAAGCAAAUUGCAUAUUUCAUUGAGUACUGUUAUGUUCUAGCUAAAGUUGUCGGCAUGUAUAGUCAUAGAGUUCACUUUAGCUGGGGAAAACUUUUUUUGUUUUUUAUUCUUGCACAAUAUGGGAUACACCUGCAGUGAGCUGUGUCCGUAAGAUACGCUCAAAAUAAGUAGUACUCCAUGGGUUAAUAGCACAGACUGGUGCAAAUAGAGUAACACAAGGCAUGUAUUGCUUUUAUGAUAAAAUUUCUACAGAAAACAUUUGCACACACAAAGGGAAUGUUGUUUUUUUCUGUUAAUUUCUUUUGCUGCUGCUAAUAAUUUUGUGGGCAUAAGCAACGCAGCAAGUAAAUAUCUAUAUUGAUUUCUGAUUGGGCACUAUUUUUUGGUGGUUUUAACUUUGCUCACUUUGUUUGGUAAACCACUUUUAAUAUAUAAAUUUGUGGUAUUAAAAAUUAGUAAACAUUUAUACUACGUGGUCCUCUUGUUAGACCAAUCCCCACAUUUUAAUAAAACACAUGGGUAUUGCUGCAUUUAUAUGCUUUUUUUAAAAAAAAAUUUUUUAGUGUUUUCCUUUAAUGUAGUAAAAUUUGUUUUAAGAUUUUAUUUUAUUUUUUGGUUAUAGUUUUAAAGGACUAAGUGUAGCUUGGGGAUUUUUUUCUUUUUAAAACUGAUCACCCCAAAGGUACUGCAGUUUGAAAGGGUUUUAUUUACACACGUGAAACCACAAGCACACACAAUCACAUGUAUACUGGAGAAUCCUUCUCACUGUUUUUGUUUUUUUUAUUAUUUUGUUAAUGGAACAUGAUGAUACAGAUUACAGUAUUGUCAAUCAGUGCUGCAUUAUGCAAAAGUUUGUUGUUGGAUCCCAUUAUUUGUUACUUCUUUGAUGUGCCUUGAAAGUGACAAUAUAUCUGUAAAUGUAGAACAGAUACAGAUUAUAUUUCAGUGGGGGGUUGACAACUUUUUUUAUUAUUUUUUUAAUUAAAUGUGGAUUGAAAUGGAUUUUUUUAACUAAUCAUUUGUUAUGUUCAAGAAAAUAAAUUUAUAUAACCCAUA